AUGAAUAUCUCGGCUUCUCCCUCUGGCUCACAGCCCUUCAUCAAGAGACCUGCUCUAAGUCCCGCGUUCAAGAAGCCUAGUAGAUGGUAUCUCCCGCUCAUGGGCGUCAUAGCUCUCGGCUUCGGAGUCGCCAACCACCUCGAAAACCAAGCUCGCCAGCCCCAGUUCGACCGCGAAGAAGAGGAGCGCCUCCGAAAGAACCGAGCCCUGAUGGACGCCUACGGCGACAAAGAAACAGUCCAAGAUAUUGAACGGGCGCUGGUCGUCUAUGACCUUCAGUGA